CUCCCUACCUACCUAUCAUCUACAUACAUACCACAACACACCCAUACAUACAUACAUAAGCAACAUGUCCGCCCCCAACGCCGGCCGCCAAUCCCCUUCUCCCGAGCGCCAAACCGGUGCCCAGCAACAAGAUCCUCCAUCCCAAGGCAAGGCCCAGCCUCAGUACGCUCCGCCCGAAGACUCGGUGCAGGACCAGGCUUCGCAGACAGCGGGUCUGUCGAGUAACCCUAAGCAUCCGUUGGAGGAUAUAGAGAGUGAGAAGUUUACGAAGGGCGGGAUUGCCUAAUCUUUUUUUCCUUUUGGGUUCUUUCUUGGAAAGGGGUUGGAAUGGAAUGAACUGAAUGGAUUGAAAUUAAUGAAUGUGUAUUUAUGAUGAUGGGUUAAUUAUAUGGAAUUUUUUGUGAU